AUGGAGGGCGAUCUUGGUGAUAUGGAUGGAGAAGCUGCAGAACAUGCUGGGAUUAUUCCUCGUGUUUUGAACAAUCUUUUUAAUAUACUCGAAAGAGACAAGGCAGAAUAUUCCGUGCGUGUUUCGUUUGUCGAAUUGUAUAACGAAGAAUUGAAGGACCUUUUAUCCCCGACUGAUGAUACGCGUAAGCUCAAAAUAUUCGAAGAUGCGGCGAAAAAGGGUGUAGUGUUACAAGGCGUUGAAGAAGUUUUGGUAAAGAACUGGUCAGAUGGCAUUCGUGCUUUACGACAGGGAUCACAUAAACGACAGGUGGCUGCUACAAAGUGCAAUGAGAAUUCUAGAGAAACCACUGGUAAUGGAGAAGAUCUUUUGAAAGUCGGUAAGCUAAAUCUGGUUGAUCUGGCUGGCUCGGAAAAUAUCGGUCGCUCAGGAGCCGAGAACAAGCGCGCUCGGGAGGCUGGUGUGAUCAAUCAGGGUCUGCUUACUCUGGGCCGUGUAAUUAACGCGCUAGUUGAACACUCGCCUCAUGUGCCUUACAGGGACAGUAAGUUGACCCGUCUUCUCCAAGAUUCGCUUGGUGGCAGAACAAAGACUUGCAUUAUCGCCACAAUAUCUCCAGCAAAAGUCAACCUGGACGAAUCAUUCUCCACGCUAGACUAUGCCAAUCGUGCCAAAAAUAUCCGUAAUAAACCCGCUGUUAACCAACUUUUAACAAAGAAGGCGUUAAUCAAGGACUAUGAGGACGAAAUUGCACGACUGAAAUCGAAUUUGCAGGCAGCAUGGGAUAAGAGUGGCAUUUUCUUAUCAAAAGAUAAUUACCUCAGCCUGGUAAAUGACAAUCAAAGCCUCAAAAAUCGUAUCGAAGAAUUGCAAAUAAAGGUUCAGACACAGGAGGAGAUGCGCGAAAAAGAUCAUCGCGUGAUUGAAGCAUACAAGACGUCUCAGCGAUCAAUGGCUCUGGAUUUUGAAGCAAAAACCGGAGAAUUCAAGGCCGUUCAGGCAUCUUUCAGUCAGUCGGCUCAGGUCCUGAUGAACACGUUUAUGGAGGAGAAGGCCAAGGAACUUGCAGACGGUCAAAAGUACGUUGAGGAUAAUUUGAACAAGUUUGUCGAGCUCACACAAGCGCUGCUGGAAGGUGCUGUGGAAAUGAGCGAUUCGGCAAAACAAUCUUUUGCCGAGAUUACACGGCAAUUCAUAGAAUUUCGCACGACAAUCUCUUCAAAGUAUCACGAUCAGCUUGCCGCUUCAGAAAAAUUGAUACAGAACCUACGAGAAGAAUUAAAGCGACACUUUGACAAAAUAAGCGCAGUUCAUAAACAAACCGACACGGACAUAUCUGUUAUCGUCGAAACAGCCGAGAUUCACGUAGACGCCAUCAACACUUCGAUAACAUCCAUAAAAAAUAGUGCCAAUAAUCAUGCCCAGGAAGUGAUCAAACGGCGAGAAGAAGAGGUUACGCGUCUUGAGGAAGUGACCAAGGAGAAGAGACUGAUGAUGGAAUCGAUUCAAGAAGAAAUAAUAAGUAGAAUGAAGGCGUUAAUAACGGAUUUGACUCGACGAGCGACGGAAACUGACAGAGAAACGUGUACGAAUAUGCAGAAGAUAAUCAAACAAGACCUUGAUGAUAUCCUUUCUCUACAUAUACAUUUCGGUAAGUUCAACCAGUCAAACGAAGAACGUUUCGGCGAGUUGAUACAAUCGAACGUUCGGUAUCACGAAAAGUUGUUGCAACAAGUGGCAUCUACCAACGAUAACUUUACAGAGCUCGAGAGUCAAGCCGAUAAAUUGUUCCCGAAGAUUGAUUCGGUCGAUUCUAACGUAAAACACUAUGUUGAGGCAUUUGACGUCACAGCUACUAAUGCGAUGUGUACCAUGGAUUCGGCCGUGCUUGAUGGAGAGUCGAAGCUGUCCGAGACUAGUGGCAGUCACCGUCAAACAAUAGGCAAUAUUGGUAGCAGCGUCAAAGAAAACUGCAUUCACAUUAAGACUCGACUUGAAAAGAUUGGGGAUGACCUUAAGAACAAUUCACACAACGCUAUAAAGAUGGUACAAGAAAACGAUUGUAGAACAGAUUCAUUCAGCAAUGAGGCAGCGGCUCUUGUAGAAAACAUGCGGGUCGAUAUGGAGCGAUUGACUGCAGGAAAAUUCGAAGUGAACAAUGACGACACCAUCUCUGACAUGACCGAUAUGACCGUUGAAAAUCGUCCCGAGUCUUUAGCAUCUGUAUUAACAGAAGUCAACGGCGAUUGUCGAAAGCGGACACGAAGUCAAAUGCCCGUGCGAAAAAAGCGUCAUAAGAUUGUGUAA